AUGCAAGCUACUUCAAUCAUAUGGCCCUGGGAUGUACUACACUGGUUGCAUGACAACGGGCACCUGUGUGACUGGGCUUGCAACGAAGCAUCACGAUUGUCCGGCGAGUGUGCUGAGUACUGGAGAAAGCUUUCUUCCGAAGAAUCUGUUCAGCUGCUUCAACUAGAAGAACCGGGAAAAACGAUACCAAUCUUUUGGCACACCGAUGGUGUGCGGGUUUACAAGCAGCAGAAGUGCUGGAUAUAUUCGUAUUCAAGUGCACUGAAGAAAGGGCCGUCCAUGCAAUGCAAGCUACUGUUGCUUUUGGUCAGGGAGGUUUUGGUCUGGAGGCCAUUUACGCACGAUCGAAUUGCAGAGGUCAUUGCAUGGGUCCAAAAAGUAUUGCAAACUGGGAAAUAUCCUCAGGAAGACUUCAACGGGGCCCCUUGGGAAGAGGGAUCCUUGCAGGCAAAGGUUGCCGGGUCCUUUUUUGCAGGUGGUUGGCGGUUUGCUUUCAGUGGUUGCAAAGGCGACUGGGAGGCGAAGGUAUACAUCCACAAGCUACAGAGGAGCUACCGACACGACAAUAUUUGCGAACACUGCCUUGCGACCAAGAAAGAUGGAGCUUUCUAUUACAAAGAUUUUUCGCCCAACGCCGGCUAUUUGAACCUUCAAUUCACACACGCGCAGUUUAUGAUCAUGACGCCACCAGAGCUACGAUCCAAAUGGCAACAUGUUCCUGGGUGGACGAAAGACCGAAACUUGGAAGUUCCUUGGCUUUCCGUAUAG